AUGGCACCUACGCAGCCGGAGGAGAGGAAAGAGGCGGAGGGGGUGUCACGCAAACAGUUUCCGUACCGCAACGCGAAGCUGGCCACACGAGGGCGGGACCAGGCGCGGUGGCGGUGGCGGGGGCUGCGGCGCGGGGGGCGGGGUUGCUGGGCCUGGGACACCCCCUCCCGGUCCCCUGGCGGAGCGGCUUCGACUCCGGCAGCACUGGAGGCAGCAGAGGCCGGAGAGCGACUGGCGGGGCGCGCCCACCACGGUGGACCGGGACGCUUCCCCUCGGGGACCCUCCGCCGCGCGUCCCGCGGGAGCCAGCGGGACCCCCGGGCGGCAGGGAGCGCCGGCGGCUGCGGCGGCACCAUGAGGCGGCCGUGGGGCGCGCUGCUGCUUGGCGCCCUGCUCUGCGCACACGGCCUAGCCAGCAGUCCCGAGUGUGCCUGUGGUCGGAGCCACUUCACCUGUGCAGUGAGUGCCCUCGGCGAGUGUACCUGCAUCCCCGCCCAGUGGCAGUGCGAUGGAGACAACGACUGCGGGGACCACAGCGAUGAGGACGGAUGUAUGCUGCCCACCUGCUCCCCUCUUGACUUUCACUGUGACAAUGGCAAAUGCAUCCGCCGCUCCUGGGUGUGCGAUGGGGACAACGACUGCGAGGAUGACUCAGACGAACAGGACUGUCCCCCCCGGGAGUGUGAGGAGGACGAGUUCCCCUGCCAGAACGGCUACUGCAUCCGGAGCCUGUGGCACUGUGAUGGUGACAAUGACUGCGGGGACAACAGCGAUGAACAGUGUGACAUGCGCAAGUGCUCUGACAAGGAAUUCCGCUGCAGCGAUGGAAGCUGUAUUGCUGAGCACUGGUACUGUGACGGUGACACCGACUGCAAAGAUGGCUCUGACGAGGAGAGCUGUCCCUCAGCAGUGCCAGCACCCCCCUGCAACCUGGAAGAGUUCCAGUGUGCCUACGGCCGCUGCAUCCUCGACAUUUACCACUGUGAUGGUGAUGAUGACUGCGGAGACUGGUCUGACGAGUCUGACUGCUCCUCCCACCAGCCCUGCCGUUCUGGGGAGUUCAUGUGUGACAGUGGCCUGUGCAUCAAUGCAGGCUGGCGCUGCGAUGGCGACGCAGACUGUGAUGACCAAUCUGACGAGCGCAAUUGCACCACCUCCAUGUGUACAGCCGAACAGUUCCGCUGUCGGUCAGGCCGCUGCGUCCGCCUGUCCUGGCGCUGUGAUGGGGAGGAUGACUGUGCAGACAACAGUGAUGAAGAGAACUGUGAGAACACAGGAAGCCCCCAGUGUGCCUCGGACCAGUUCCUGUGUUGGAAUGGGCGCUGCAUUGGCCAGAGGAAGCUGUGUAACGGGGUCAAUGACUGCGGUGACAACAGCGACGAAAGCCCACAGCAGAAUUGCCGGCCCCGGACGGGUGAGGAGAACUGCAAUGUGAACAACGGUGGCUGCUCCCAGAAGUGCCAGAUGGUGCGGGGGGCAGUGCAGUGUACCUGCCACACAGGCUACCGGCUCACAGAGGACGGGCACAUGUGCCAGGAUGUGAACGAAUGUGCCGAGGAAGGGUAUUGCAGCCAGGGCUGCACCAACAGUGAAGGGGCUUUCCAGUGCUGGUGCGAGGCAGGCUACGAACUCCGGCCUGACCGACGCAGCUGCAAGGCUCUGGGGCCGGAGCCUGUGCUACUGUUCGCCAAUCGCAUCGACAUCCGGCAGGUGCUGCCGCACCGCUCCGAGUACACACUGCUGCUCAACAACCUGGAGAAUGCCAUCGCCCUUGACUUCCACCACCGGCACGAGCUUGUCUUCUGGUCAGAUGUCACCCUGGACCGGAUCCUGCGGGCCAACCUCAAUGGUAGCAACGUGGAGGAGGUUGUGUCUACGGGGCUUGAGAGCCCAGGAGGCCUGGCUGUGGAUUGGGUCCACGACAAACUCUACUGGACCGACUCAGGGACAUCAAGGAUAGAGGUGGCCAACCUGGACGGGGCCCACCGGAAGGUGCUGCUUUGGCAGAACCUUGAGAAGCCUCGGGCCAUUGCCUUGCACCCCAUGGAGGGCACCAUUUACUGGACAGAUUGGGGUAACACCCCCCGCAUCGAAGCCUCUAGCAUGGAUGGGUCUGGACGCCGCAUCAUCGCCGAUACCCAUCUCUUCUGGCCCAAUGGCCUCACCAUUGACUAUGCCGGGCAUCGUAUGUACUGGGUGGAUGCUAAGCACCACGUCAUCGAGAGGGCCAAUCUGGAUGGGAGUCACCGCAAGGCUGUCAUUAGCCAAGGCCUCCCGCACCCCUUUGCCAUCACAGUGUUUGAAGACAGCCUGUACUGGACGGACUGGCACACCAAGAGCAUCAAUAGUGCUAACAAAUUUACUGGCAAGAACCAGGAGAUCAUUCGCAACAAACUCCACUUCCCCAUGGACAUCCACACCUUGCACCCCCAGCGCCAGCCUGCAGGGAAAAACCGCUGUGGGGACAACAAUGGAGGCUGCACCCACCUGUGUCUACCCAGUGGCCAGAACUACACCUGUGCCUGCCCCACUGGCUUCCGCAAGAUCAGCAGCCAUGCCUGUGCCCAGAGUCUUGACAAGUUCCUGCUUUUUGCCCGAAGGAUGGACAUCCGUCGGAUCAGCUUCGACACAGAGGACCUGUCCGACGAUGUCAUCCCACUGGCUGACGUGCGCAGUGCUGUGGCCCUUGACUGGGACUCCCGGGAUGACCACGUGUACUGGACAGAUGUCAGCACUGACACCAUCAGCAGGGCCAAGUGGGAUGGAACAGGACAGGAGGUGGUAGUGGAUACCAGUUUGGAGAGUCCAGCAGGCCUGGCCAUUGAUUGGGUUACCAACAAGCUGUACUGGACAGAUGCAGGGACAGACCGGAUUGAAGUGGCCAACACAGAUGGCAGCAUGAGGACAGUACUCAUCUGGGAGAACCUUGAUCGUCCCCGAGACAUUGUGGUGGAACCUAUGGGCGGGUACAUGUAUUGGACAGACUGGGGUGCAAGCCCCAAGAUUGAACGAGCUGGCAUGGAUGCCUCAGGCCGCCAGGUCAUCAUCUCUUCCAAUCUGACCUGGCCUAAUGGACUAGCCAUCGACUAUGGAUCCCAGCGGCUGUACUGGGCUGAUGCCGGCAUGAAGACGAUUGAAUUUGCUGGACUGGAUGGCAGCAAGAGGAAGGUGCUGAUUGGAAGCCAGCUCCCCCACCCGUUCGGGCUGACCCUCUAUGAAGAGCGCAUCUAUUGGACAGACUGGCAGACCAAGAGUAUCCAGAGCGCUGACCGGCUGACGGGGCUGGACCGGGAGACCCUGCAGGAGAAUUUGGAGAACCUCAUGGACAUCCACGUCUUCCACCGCCGGCGGCCCCCAGUGACCACACCAUGCGCUAUGGAGAAUGGUGGCUGCAGCCACUUGUGUCUUCGGUCCCCAAAUCCCAGUGGCUUCAGCUGUACCUGCCCCACAGGCAUCAACCUGAUGCCUGAUGGCAAGAUAUGUUCACCAGGCAUGAAUAGUUUCCUCAUCUUCGCCAGGAGGAUAGACAUACGCAUGGUGUCCUUGGACAUCCCUUACUUUGCCGAUGUGGUGGUACCAAUCAACAUUACCAUGAAGAACACGAUUGCCAUUGGAGUGGAUCCCCAAGAAGGAAAAGUGUACUGGUCAGACAGCACGCUGCACAGGAUCAGCCGCGCCAAUCUGGAUGGCUCACAGCACGAGGACAUCAUCACCACAGGCCUGCAAACCACAGAUGGGCUCGCAGUGGAUGCCAUUGGCCGGAAAGUAUACUGGACAGACACUGGAACCAACCGGAUUGAAGUGGGCAACCUGGACGGGUCCAUGCGGAAAGUGUUGGUGUGGCAGAAUCUUGACAGCCCCCGAGCCAUUGUACUGUACCAUGAGAUGGGGUACAUGUACUGGACAGACUGGGGAGAGAACGCCAAGUUAGAGCGGUCCGGGAUGGACGGCUCAGACCGGACAGUGCUCAUCAACAACAACCUGGGGUGGCCCAAUGGCCUGACUGUGGACAAGGCCAGCUCCCAACUGCUUUGGGCUGAUGCCCACACCGAGCGAAUUGAGGUCGCUGACCUAAAUGGUGCCAAUCGUCACACCCUGGUGUCACCUGUGCAGCACCCCUAUGGCCUCACCUUGCUCGACUCCUAUAUCUACUGGACCGACUGGCAGACUCGGAGCAUCCACCGUGCUGACAAGGGUACCGGCAACAAUGUCAUCCUGGUGAGGUCCAACCUGCCAGGCCUCAUGGACAUCCAGGCUGUGGACCGGGCCCAGCCACUGGGUUUUAACAAGUGUGGCUCGAGAAAUGGUGGCUGCUCCCACCUCUGCUUGCCGCGGCCCUCUGGCUUCUCCUGUGCCUGCCCCACGGGCAUCCAGCUGAAGGGAGAUGGAAAGACCUGUGACCCCUCUCCCGAGACCUACCUGCUCUUCUCCAGCCGUGGCUCCAUCCGGCGCAUCUCACUGGACACCAGCGACCACACCGAUGUGCAUGUCCCUGUCCCUGAACUCAACAAUGUCAUCUCUCUGGACUACGACAGUGUGGAUGGAAAAGUCUAUUACACAGAUGUGUUCCUGGAUGUUAUCAGGCGAGCAGAUCUGAAUGGCAGCAACAUGGAGACAGUGAUCGGGCAGGGGCUGAAGACCACCGACGGGCUGGCCGUGGACUGGGUGGCCAGAAAUCUAUAUUGGACAGAUACAGGCCGAAAUACCAUUGAAGCCUCAAGGCUAGACGGUUCCUGCCGCAAAGUGCUGGUCAACCACAGCCUGGAUGAGCCUCGGGCCAUUGCUGUUUUCCCCAGGAAGGGGUACCUCUUCUGGACAGACUGGGGCCACAUUGCCAAGAUUGAGCGGGCGAACCUGGACGGCUCUGAGAGGAAGGUCCUCAUCAAUACAGACCUGGGUUGGCCCAAUGGCCUGACCCUGGACUAUGAUACCCGCAGAAUCUACUGGGUGGAUGCACAUCUGGACCGGAUUGAGAGUGCUGACCUCAAUGGGAAGCUACGGCAGGUCUUGGUCAGCCACGUGUCCCACCCCUUUGCCCUCACUCAGCAGGACAGGUGGAUCUACUGGACAGACUGGCAGACCAAGUCAAUCCAGCGUGUUGACAAGUACUCAGGCCGGAACAAGGAGACAGUGUUGGCGAAUGUGGAAGGACUCAUGGAUAUCAUUGUGGUUUCCCCUCAGCGGCAGACAGGGACCAAUGCCUGUGGUGUGAACAAUGGUGGCUGCACCCACCUCUGCUUUGCCAGAGCCUCAGACUUUGUGUGUGCCUGUCCUGAUGAGCCCGACAGCCGGCCCUGCUCCCUUGUACCUGGCCUGGUGCCCCCAGCUCCCAGGGUUACCAGUAUAAGUGAAAGGAAUCCAGUGCUAACCAACACACUACCUACCACCUUGCGUUCUUCUACCACUCGGACCCGCACAUCUCUGGAGGAGAUGGAAGGAAGAUGCUCUGAAAAGGAUGCUCAGCUGGGCCUCUGUGCACAUUCCAAUGAGGCUGUACCUGCUGCUCCAGGGGAAGGACUUCAUGCCAGCUAUGUCAUCGGCGGACUCCUCAGCAUUCUGCUGAUUCUGGUGGUGAUUGCAGCCUUGAUGCUAUACAGACACAAAAAGUCCAAGUUAACCGAUCCUGGAAUGGGGAACCUAACCUACAGCAACCCCUCCUACCGAACUUCCACUCAGGAAGUGAAAAUUGAAGCAAUCCUGAAACCAGCCAUGUACAAUCAACUGUGCUAUAAGAAAGAGGGUGGACCUGACCAUAACUACACCAAGGAGAAGAUCAAGAUUGUCGAGGGAAUCUGCCUCCUGUCUGGGGACGAUGCUGAGUGGGAUGACCUGAAGCAGCUGCGCGGCUCACGCGGGGGCCUUCUUCGUGACCACGUCUGCAUGAAGACAGACACAGUGUCCAUCCAGGCCAGCUCUGGCUCCCUGGAUGACACGGAGACGGAGCAGCUGUUGCAGGAAGAGCAGUCCGAGUGCAGCAGUGUCCACACCGCAGCCACUCCUGAAAGACGGGGCUCUCUGCCAGACACAGGCUGGAAACACAAACGCAAGCUCUCCUCCGAGAGCCAGGUCUAAGCGCCCGUGUACCCCUCCCUCCCUGCCUGCUCCUUCUCUUUAUGGGCAUCCAGUCCUUGUGCUCACUUAUACAACAGGCCCCCUUCCUGUGUGCUUGUCCCGCUCCUCCUCAUCCCACCCCGUAUCUGCUCCUGAGCCCUGCACAGGAGCUGCUUCUGUCUGAGUCCAUAACUACACAAGAAAUGAUGGCGCAAGAAAUGAUGGCACAUCCAAGAAUUUAGACCUGGAACUUACCAUGAACCUCGCUUCUUGCACUCCGUCCUGAGCCUCCCCAAAACGAGGCUCGGUAAUGAUUCCUCAUCACUACAGGCUCCACCUCCCCUUCCUCUGGUGCCCUCAAUGCCUGCCCAUAAGAGCUGAUGAUCUAAGACUGCACUCUCCCCCAUCAGAGCUGGCCUGACCGCUUCUCUGAGAGAACUGGCCCACCAAGGGCUGAGCAGGGGAUCAUGGGUAAAGGGAGAGAUGAAGGAUAAAGCCUGAGAGGAGGAGGAGGAGUCAGCCCAGCUGGUAUGGGCAUCUGGGAAACCUCUAGCCUCAAGUGCAUUGGUAAUACGAAAAAGCUUUUAGGGGUGGUUGGGCCUGGGGGUUCUGUCCAUUGCUGGCAAUGGAUAUUAUUCUCAGUCUAAGAGUUGCUGUGUUUCAAUUGGUGAGAUCUGGGUGUGACGCAAGCUAUUCUUCCUCCUGGUAGAAAGCCUAGAGCCUUUCUACCUUCAGAUGACUGGGGGCCCCAGCGUGGCAGCGGGCUAAUAUGAAUUCCCUCCUGGUACCACCACUGGCCAGUACCUCCCUGAGUCUUUGGCUCUAAGCAACCAGGUUGUGAACCAAUGGCUUGAGUGAAUGUGGGUCCAGGAGGGCUGACUCUGCAGAAUCUAAGAAGCACUGCCUAGACCAAACAUAGCAUAUCACCCUUAAUGUUCUGCCAAUCUCUCCCUCCUCAUUCUUUGGGAUUUUGAGCACAGAAAUCCAAAACAACCUUGCAAAGAAGGGCUAUAAGUGUUCAUAAAUGGUCAGGAAGAGCAAUUGGGUUAGAGACUUGGGGCCGCCAGGGCCUAAAGGAAGUAUCCAUGAGAUUGAACUUCCUGUGUUCUCUCUCUUAGGUGCUCAGGGAUCUAAGUAGACAGAGAGCCUGUGGCUAUGGGUGGCGAAGUUUCCAUUCCAACUCUCUUCCCAGCUGAGUGACUUACUUUCCAGGCUGAGAUGCCACCUCGUGGUUCAUGCUUAUUCAUACAAAGAGCAUGUGUCUCAUGUGUAUCCAGGGAGUGAGACUUUUUUUCUGUCCUAAAUUUUCUACCUAGUUCGUUCUCUCCCCCCACCCCCUCUCUCUCCUUCCCUCCCUCCCUAAUGACUUUUUCUGACCUAGCCUGUGGUGAGCAGGGCUAAAUAAAAAUUACAAGGACUAAAAAGGUAGAGAGAACCACUGAUGAAGCCCUCUCAACCCAGGGCAAAUCCAGACCCCUUUCCACCCAGGAAUUAGAAAUGACAGGAGAGGACAAGGGCUGAGAAUGGAGGGGAGGGCUUCUAGAGGAAGUUUCCUGAUUUGAAACAUCUCCUAUGGUUAUUGAAGCCAGCUGUCAAAUGCGAGUGAAAAAGGAAAGUAAGAGCAAACCUUUCCUGGCCAGUUCUAUGACUGCUUAAAACAGCUGCCAAGCCCUUGGCCCUGCUCUCAGCAGGCAGCCCUAGGUCUAGGCCUACACAGGGCAGCCAGGCCAGGCCAAGAAGGCUUCUCCAGUGCACAGCGAUGGCAAGGCAAGAUGCCCUUUCCAGGAGGAAAGGGGGAUAUUUCACGCUUGAUGGGGAAGUAAAAGGAGGAGCACUUUGGGUCCUCAGACUCGCAGCUGGGGACGGAUGAACGGGGGAAGGAUCUUAUUGCACUUGGGCUGUUCAGAAUGUAGAAAGGACAUAUUUGAAGAAAUAUCUAUUUGAGCACUGAUUUACUAUGUAAAAAGCAAAAUUUCUCUGUCCUAAACUAAUGGAAGUGAUUGUCCCGCGCUCAUGUGUAAUGGUUUUAACGUUACUCACUGGAGAGAUUGGACUUUCUGGAGUUAUUUAACCACUAUGUUCAGUAUUUUAGGACUUUAUGGUAAUUUAAUAUAAAUUUAGCUUUUCUUAAUCACCUUGCCUGGCUUGGAGUCAUGACUCAUAACUGCACCUGCUGUCUGGCAGAGCCAUGCCAGGGAAACCUGCUUGCAGAUAUCAUCGCCAAGUCCUUCGGGGAUCUGGGGAUGGUGAAGAGCAAUAACGGGUGUUAAGCUCCUGCCUGGAAGUUCAGCUCAUCUUGAGAAAACAGACCAAGACCAGGCUUCAUUGGCUUCUGAAACCCUUAUUUCCUGUGGAGGAAGGAUAGCAGACAGGCUUCAUCAUAAGUGCCAACUCUGAUGGGUUGGUCAUGGCUGCCUGAGGUCCUGUCCAGGCUCAGUGGGCAAAGUGUCAUGAUCUUCAGUGACAUAUCAUUCGGGUGCUGGAAAAAAGUAUCAUGGCAUAUAUACCAUGUAUCUUCUAUUUCAGUUCUAGGUCUAUGAGAACUUCAGUGUCACAGAACUUGACUUUGCCUGGCAGUGAUGGUCACUGGCAAGACUACCUGAUGUAAGGAAAGUGCUGGAAUGGGAGCAAGGGGAGCGAAUUCCAGUCCCAGAUCCACCACUAGCUCUAUUUGAUCUUAGUCAAGUUUCAUAGUUACUCCGAUAAAAAAUCACACAAACACUAAGAUUCCAUUUAUUUUUAGUUUUUGAUUUUUAGAGUGAGAGGAAGGGAGAGGGAUAAAGAGAUGGAAACAUUGCCCUAACCAGUUUGGCUCAGUGGAUAGAGCGUCAGCCUGCGGACUGAAGGGUCCCAGGUUCGAUUCCGGUCAAGGGCAUGUACCUUGGUUGUGGGCACAUCCCCAGUAAGGAGUGUGCAGGAGGCAGCUGAUCAAUGUUUCUAACUCUCUAUCGCUCUCUCUUCCUCUCUGUAAAAAAAUCAAUAAAAUAUACUUUUUAAAAAAGAGAGAAACAUCAAUGACAGAGGAAUAUCAUCGAACGGCUGCCUCCUGCAUGCCCCCUACUGAGGAUCAAGCCCACAGCCCAGGCAUGUGCCUUGACUAGGAAUUGAGCUGUGACCUCUUGGUUCAUGGGUUGCCACCCAACCACUGAGCAACACCAGCUGGGCCAGUUUUUUUUUAAAAAAAGCUGUCUUCUCAUAGCUCACCCACUACAUCUUAAGGCUAGAACAAGGAAUUAGGGAGCCCUUCUCAGGCUCUCUCAGUGAAGACUGGGAAUCAUGCAAGUCUCAACACCAGUUAUAAAGUUUGAUGUCAAGGCUUAAUAGUUGAUUUUCUAAACCAUAAACCAUGUAUAGAAUAAUCUCUCAUUCAUUCAUCUCAUACUAUGGGUCAAGCACAGCCCAUGCCUAAUCAGAGCUUCAAGUCUGGAAACAGCAUGAAAGAAGAAAAAGAAAGACAAGAGUAUAAAUUAUAGUGUAUAAUUCUUCCAACACGGUGAGGGAUAGGUGUACUAAAACAAAAACAAGUGUAAUAGCUCAAGGACAACCAUCCUCCCACCCCACCAUUCUUUUUUGAAGGAAAAAAAAAAACUCAAAGAGAAAAGAAA